AUGUAUCUGGAAUUAGCCUACAAUGCUACAUCUGGCUCCAACAAUCGACUGAAAGAAAGUGUGGAGGACCUGGCCAGAAUCCUGGAACCCAUCCUGGAUCAGAGCUAUUGCUCUCAACACAUCCUCCUUUGCCCUGGAGGAACUGUGGAAAGCCAUACUCCUGAUCCCAAGCUGAUGCAGAUCAACCUCACUGGUUUUCUAAAUGGAAAGAAUGCUCGCAUUUUCAUGGCAGAGCUUUGGGACCUUCUCUUGUCAGCCAUGGAGAGUGCCUCUGGCAUUCCUGAAAAGUUCCUGGAGCAGAAGAAAGAGGAGAUUCGCAAGAGAAACGACCUGAAUAUAGAUUUUGUUUAUGACAAGCAAGCAGAACAAAGUGAAGAGCGAGAAAGGAUGGAAGAAGCUCUUCGAAAGCAGUCAGAGAAACAAGGCCGUGAAAGGGAUAGGUCAGGGAGACGAAGGAGUCGAAGUCAAGAACGAGACAGAGAUAGGCUCAGAAGUCGUGAUCAUGACCGUGACCGUGAUCGUGACCGUGAUCGUGACCGUGACCGUGACCGUGACCGUGAUAGAGACAGGGACAAGGACAAGGACAAGGACAAGGAGAGGGAGAGGGAGAAAGAAAAAGAGAAAGAGAAAGAAAAGGAAAAGGAAAAAGAGAAGGAGAAGGAAAAGUCAUCUCGACACUCCAAGGCAGAUUCCUCUGAGACAAAGGACAAGCCAAGAAAAUUCAAAGAAGAAGCAGGGGGAGAAAGUCCAAAGAGACGACGCUUCACAGAAGGAGGAGAAGGUGCUGAUCAGAUUAAGGAAUCCCAAAAAUUGGCAGAAGACAAGGAGGGGAAGAAUGAAGAAACAAGUCUUGUGAAUGGAGAGGAGCUCAAUGACCAACCUGGUGUACCUGGUGAAGAACCAGUGAGUGCCAAGAAUGCAAAGGUUGAUAAGUCACCAGCACUUGAACAGAAGCAGCAACAGAGAUCCAAUAGGGCAUCCAGUAAGACUUCAUCAGGAUCCAGAUCCAGGUCAAGGUCACGGUCACAGUCAAAGAAGUCUUCAUCAUCUAGCUCUCAGUCAAGGUCUAGGUCCAAAUCCAGAUCUCACUCUAGGAGCCACUCCUCAUCCAUCGAGAUAGGCAAAGGAAAAUCCAAUGAAGAUUUUGAAAUCACAAAGAAGAAGGAUUCCAUCCAAGCCAAGAGGCAUUACCGAAGUAACAAAGAUUCAUCAGGUGAUGAAGAUCGAGAUUCCAAACGUGAGGACAGAAGGCAUGAUAGAGACCGGGAUAGGCGUCGGAGUCGCUCUCGUUCUCGUCGGCGACAUAGCCGAUCUGGGUCUCGUUCUUCCCGGCGUAGACGGACUCGAUCUCGAUCCCGUUCAAGAGAAGAGAGAGAGCGAGAACGAGAGAGAAGACGGGAGCUGGAGAGAGAACGAGAACGGCGGAGAAGGAGCAUAGAGAGACGAGAACGAGAGAGAGAAAGGAUGAGGCGAGAGAGAGAACGUGAGAGGGAGAGGAGGAUGAUGGAGAGGGAAAGGGAAAGGGAAAAGGAAUUGCGGGAGAGGGAGCGGGAGCGUCGACGUAUGAUGGAAGAGCGAGAACGACGAGAGAGGGAACGAGAGCAAGAAAGAGAGCGCAGGAAACGGGAAGAGGUGACACGCAGGAGGUCUUCUUCCCCACAACCUCUACACAGGACUGCAUCUCCAGGGCAGAGGAGUCCUUCUCCUGCUCGGGGCAAGAGAUCUCCUGAUCGUAGAGGAAGUUCAAGAUCUAGAGAAAGGGACUUGAGAAGGGAAGAAGAAGAGAAAAGGCAGGCAAGAAGGACAGGCCGUCAUGAGAGCGAGAGUGAUACUUCAAGACGAUCCCUUUCUCGCACCCCAUCACCUUUCCAGAAGGCAGCACCUCUACCUGACAGAGGAAGUUCAAGAUCUAGAGAAAGGGACUUGAGAAGGGAAGAAGAAGAGAAAAGGCAGGCAAGAAGAACAGGCCGUCAUGAGAGCGAGAGUGAUACUUCAAGACGAUCCCUUUCUCGCACCCCAUCACCUUUCCAGAAGGCAGCACCUCUACCUGACAGAAGUUCCCCAGAGCUAAAAGAAACUAUGGCACGAAAACGCAAGGGUGCUCGAGAUGUAUCUUCGCCUGCACGCAAGAAACGGGCUGCCAAUGAGGAAGAGGAGGCAGAGCGUCGUGUGAUUAGGAGGAGGAGCACAACUCCUCAGGAGGAGGCAGGAGAGGAGGAUGAAUCCGAGAAGAAAAAGAGGAAAAAACGAAAGAAGAAGAAGCUGGCACAGGAAUCCUCAUCUGAAGAUUCUGAAGCUGAGCGAAAGCGGCGCAAGAGGAAAAAGAAGCAGAAGAAGUUGAAAAAGAAACUCAAGAAGCUCAAGAAGCGCAAACAACAAAGUUCAUCUGAAAGCUCAGGGGAGGAGGAGGAGAAGGCAGACGAAGCCGAAGAAGAUCCAGCAGAAGAGAUGGAACGAAAGCUCCGUGAAAAGGCCCUCAAAUCCAUGAAGAAAAAGAAAAAGAAAGCAGAAAGGAAGAAGAAGAAAAAAGUGUCGUCGUCAGAGUCGUCAUCCUCCUCGCCAGAGAAAAGUUCCCCAGAGCUAAAAGAAACUAUGGCACGAAAACGCAAGGGUGCUCGAGAUGUAUCUUCGCCUGCACGCAAGAAACGGGCUGCCAAUGAGGAAGAGGAGGCAGAGCGUCGUGUGAUUAGGAGGAGGAGCACAACUCCUCAGGAGGAGGCAGGAGAGGAGGAUGAAUCCGAGAAGAAAAAGAGGAAAAAACGAAAGAAGAAGAAGCUGGCACAGGAAUCCUCAUCUGAAGAUUCUGAAGCUGAGCGAAAGCGGCGCAAGAGGAAAAAGAAGCAGAAGAAGUUGAAAAAGAAACUCAAGAAGCUCAAGAAGCGCAAACAACAAAGUUCAUCUGAAAGCUCAGGGGAGGAGGAGGAGAAGGCAGACGAAGCCGAAGAAGAUCCAGCAGAAGAGAUGGAACGAAAGCUCCGUGAAAAGGCCCUCAAAUCCAUGAAGAAAAAGAAAAAGAAAGCAGAAAGGAAGAAGAAGAAAAAAGUGUCGUCGUCAGAGUCGUCAUCCUCCUCGCCAGAGAAGUCCUCGUCCUCAUCUUCGGAGUCGGGAAGCGAAGACUCAGGCUGAGAGGUCAGAUCUUAGCCUGUCGUCUGGGACUAAGAAUGAGGGUGAACCAACACGUGUGCACGUGUGUGUUUGUGUAUGUAUGUACAGAAUAGGAAGUGCUAUGUGCAACAAAAACAUUCUUGGUGGAUAUUUUAUUCUUCCUUCUCUCCGUCAUUUGUUUCUUUCAUUCUGAAAUCCUCUCCAACCAGCAUUCUGAUUCACUGGAGUAUUGAUUCACAAUAAAUGCUGGAAGACAGUUCAAUUUUCCA